ACACCCGCUCUGAUACUAUCACUUCCUUUUCCUUUCUGUUUUUUCUGAAACCUUUCAUCUCUCUCUCUCUGAUCGAUACAUAUAGAGAGAGAGAACAGUCUUCUAGAGAGAGAAACACUAAUGGAUGGAUGAAACUUCAUUUCUUUUCUUCUCUUCUCUUCUCUCUAAUCACCAACCCCAAUGGCCAUUUUAUCACCAUAUUCAUCUUCUUUCUUAGACACACUCUUUUGCAAUGAACAACAAGAUCAUGAAUAUGAAGAUGAAUUUACACAAACCACCCUCACAGAUUCAUCUGAUCUCCAUCUACCCCCCCUGGACCAACUAGAUUUGUCAUGGGAACAUGAAGAGCUUGUGUCCUUGUUCACUAAAGAACAAGAGCAGCUAAAACAAACCCCUUGUACUCUCUCUUUUGGCAAAACUAGUCCCUCAGUUUUUGCUGCUCGUAAAGAGGCUGUAGAUUGGAUCCUUAAGGUCAAAAGUUGUUAUGGGUUCACACCUCUUACAGCCAUUUUAGCCAUCAAUUAUCUUGAUAGAUUUCUUUCUAGUCUCCAUUUUCAAGAAGAUAAACCUUGGAUGAUUCAACUUGUUGCUGUUAGUUGUCUCUCUUUAGCUGCUAAAGUUGAAGAAACUCAAGUUCCACUCUUACUAGAUCUUCAAGUAGAGGACACUAAGUACUUGUUUGAGGCUAAAAACAUACAAAAAAUGGAGCUUUUGGUGAUGUCAACUUUGAAAUGGAGGAUGAACCCAGUGACACCAAUCUCAUUUCUUGAUCACAUUGUAAGAAGGCUUGGAUUAACUGAUCAUGUUCAUUGGGAUUUUUUCAAGAAAUGUGAAGCUAUGAUCCUUUGUUUAGUUUCAGAUUCAAGAUUCGUGUGUUAUAAACCAUCCGUAUUGGCCACAGCUACAAUGCUUCAUGUUGUAGAUGAAAUUGAUCCUCCGGAUUGUAUUGACUACAAAAGUCAACUUCUGGAUCUUCUCAAAACCACUAAGGACGACAUAAACGAGUGUUACGAGCUCAUUGUCGAGCUAGCUUACGAUCAUCACAACAAACGAAAACAUGAUGCAAACGAGACAACAACCUAUCCGGUUAGUCCAGCUGGCGUGAUCGAUUUCACUUGUGAUGAAAGUUCAAAUGAGUCAUGGGAACUUAAUGCUCAUCAUUUCCGCGAGCCUUCAUUCAAGAAAACAAGAAUGGAUCAACAAUUCGGGUUCGGGUUUGGUUCACUCAUAAGCUUUAAUCGAGGGUAGUUGUAAACAUGUAAUCCGCAUGCAAGCUAUUAAUCGUACGGUCCACUACUACAUAUAAUCGACCUAUGUGAUUAUAGGUUAAGAUGACCAGUCGUAGGCGUCUUCGAUAUGUCCUUAUGGUUGGUCAAUUUCUCUAUGGUUUUAGGUCGUUUUUAAUGUGAGAUAAAUUAAAUUCGGUAUGUCAAGUCUUUAUCAAGCAAUGGACGUAUAUUUAUUGUUGAUAUUGAGAAUUAAAUUCAUGGGAUAUAUGGAGUGUAACAUAUAAA